ACCCUGCUAAACAACAUGCUAGCUGUCUAUUUAGCAUGAAAGCGAUUAGCUGUCACUUUUUUAAGAGGUAUACGAGCAACUUCCUUUUUUCACGAACAGCUAAUAAACUAGUCUUUCAGUCGAAAGUGCAUGCUGACUGUCCAGUGCAUACUUUUUAUGUUUUCCAUCAAGUAUUUCAAUUCUUAACACCAAAUCAAAUCAGCUGGCAAGAUCUCAGCUCGUUGUCGCUAAUGUCGUCCGAAACUCGGACACCAGACUGCGCUGACAAAGUGAAGCUUGCAGACGACAGUUGGAGCCUGAAUUAUGUCACGGGGAACCUGUUCUCCAGCCCAGUGGACGAAGCCUUGGCCCACUGCAUCAGCGAGGACUGCCGCAUGGGGGCAGGCAUAGCAGUGAUGUUCAAGCAAAAGUUCGGCGGCGUGCCGGAGUUAAAGGAACAGAAAAAGCUGACAGGACAGUGUGCUGUACUGACAAGAGACACACGCUUUGUCUACUAUUUGAUCACAAAGAAAAAAGCCACCCACAAACCCACCUAUGACAGCCUGAGACAAAGCCUGGAGGACAUGAAGUCUCACUGUAUAAAGAAUGGAGUGACAAGAAUAUCAAUGCCACGUAUUGGGUGCGGCUUGGAUCGACUCAAGUGGUCAAAAGUGUCGGAGAUGCUGAUACAGAUCUUCAAAUGCACAGACAUCUCUAUUACAAUCUACAGCCUUCCCCAGAAGACAGAGACCACGGUGAUGAAGGAACACAUGCUCAGAUGAUACACAGAUAUAUUGUAAUGUUCAUUUUAUGCAAUCUUCUGUAAUAAUCUUUGUUGCUGGGAGUGUUUUUAUGUGUACAUAUAUGUUAUAGACUAAAUGAAUGAAAAUAAAGUUUUCCUUUUUAUUCAAAAUCAAAGUCAGCUGAACCCAUAUGAAUUUCUGCAUAUAGAUGACACAGAAUUCUGCAGUCCAAAUGUUAGUGUAGUAGCUUACAUCUGCAAUUGGCAAUUUUCAGUCUGUUGAUAAGAUGGGAACAGCCACCAAAACAUGUAAAUCUAGAUUAAAAAAAAGACCCAAAACAAAAGAUGUAGCUGGACUGUAUUAACAAACUGCUCUGUUUAAAUAUUACAUAUAGUGCCAAUGACAAUUUUUCAGAUCUUUUCAAGUUUUCUAUAUUUUUUUUAAACAAAAUUUACUUGACACUUUGUCAAAAUGGGUCUUUUGAGGUGUUAGAGAAAAAAAAAAUCAAAUAAAAGCUUGAUUUUAUUUUUCUUCCAAACUACUCACACCUUUUGUUCUUGUUAACACACCUUUGGCAGCAAUGGCAGUUUCAAGCCUGUGUAUUGAUCCUGCAAGUCCAGCAAGCUUUUUUGUUAAUAUCCUUCAUUCCUAGCGGAAACCUUCUAGCUCGGUCACAUUCAGUAGAGAGCAUCACUUCGCACCCUGUUUGAGAGAUAUUCUGCUGGGUUCUAGUUUAUUCAAAUUGAAGGUAGUUUGUGGAUGUAGGCCUUGACUUUGUUUUUUUUUUAACAAAAUAAACAUACCUGUAAAUCAAAAUCUUAAUAAACCAUAAAUUUAAGUUUUACUACAAUCCCAAUGA